UGGGUCAAGCUUUCAAGGCCCGGGGAUGAAUUCCACUCUAGUUGCAUUACGUCUCCGCGUGUUUGGCCACACGCCGUUUCCGCGUGUUCACAACCCUUCGAACAAACCUCAAUGUCGUCUGAGGAAAACAACGGAUACGGACGGGAACAUUCAGGAUUUGGCUUGCCUUGUACCACCUCGGCAGACCUGCGUGAUACUGGAGGAUUAAUUUCUGUUGCUGGUAUUCCUCAUGUGUCCAUCGAUGCAAAAAACCCCAUUCUCGGCGAUUCUACAACAAGCUCCCUGCGGUCAUUUGUUGUCAUCAAGAAUUUGGGCGAGGGCUCCUUUGGAUCAGUCUUCCUAUGUGACUGGCAUGGAAAUCUACCACACGAAGUGCCACCACCCUCCGCGAUUCAUGUAAAUGGUGCCGCGAGGGGAGAACGGAUAGGUAUGCGUUUGGUGGCCGUGAAGAAACUGAAGCGAAGGUGGGAAGAUGGUUGGGACGAGUGUCAGCGUCUCAAAGAGCUCAAGGCACUCCGUGCAUUAACCCCCCAUCCAUGCGUCGUUCCUCUUUAUGAUGUCUUUCUUUCAUGCGAAACUUCGGAGUUGUACUUCGUUUUUGAAGCCAUGGAAGGAAACCUAUACCGAUUCAUGAAAGCCCGCAAGGGGCGGCCGUUGGCCACUGGCCUUUUGUCUUGCAUCUUUCAACAGAUGGCAGCUGGACUGCAUCAUAUGCACUCUUCGGGCUAUUUCCAUCGCGAUAUGAAACCUGAAAAUGUUCUCGUUACGACAACAGGGCUCUUCGAUUAUCGAUCACCCUUUUCACAGCCGCAACUAGAAGCCAUUGAGAAGACCGAUGCUGCAGUUAUCUGCAAGAUUGCAGAUUUUGAUUCUGCGAGGGAGAUAUCGAGCACUCCACCUUACACCGAGUAUGUCUCAGCUCGGUGGUAUCGCGCCCCUGAGGUGUUGCUCAAGCAGAGAGACUAUUCUACGCCGGUGGAUAUGUGGGCCCUUGGGGCAAUCAUGGCCGAGCUGGUGAACUUGAAGCCCAUCUUUCCUGGUUCUGGAGAAGUCGAUCAGAUCAACAGAAUCAUCAAAGUACUUGGCGACCCUGCGGAUCGGGGCGUGGAUGAACGCGGAAGACAUCAUGGAGGUGGUCCAUGGUCCCACGGCUUGGAGUUGGCAAGGCGUCUCGCUUUCCAAUUUCCCCAAACUGAACCGAGAAACAUGUACACGAUAUUCGACAAGCAAACACCUCACCGACUUGUCGAAUGUAUCUCCGAUCUCCUCAAGUUCGACCCCAACUUGCGCCUUACUAGUCAGCAAUGCCUCGCGCAUGAGUGUCUCAGGGAAUGUUCGCCGGAAAACCUCCCUUGUAUACUUCCUGUACAAGAAAUUCACUCCCGAUAGCACAAGAUCUGCACAUGAUCGACACAAAGCUUGAGUUGCUUGCAUGAAGUCGCCUUUAUAGUGAACUGGACCUUUGAUCCA